CUUCAAAGGACGGGAAAGACGGUCUAAAGCGUGCGGCUUCAGGGCAGCAAUGGUAGUAAUCAAUAAAAAUACAACACGGAAAAGAAAUCCCUGUCCUAUCAUAUCCCCUAUUCUUAUUUGCACGUGAUUCAUGAUCCAACUUUGCCAGCCCGAUCAACCUCGGCCAAAAUGGCUAUCUGAACCGUGAGAGAUAAACACCACGCCACGGACGCCAUACAUCUAAUUCUAUCUUCACGCUCUCCUUCGCUAUUCCUUCAUACUCCUCUACGAAUUUCUCACGAUGGAGGCUACACCAGAGCCAGAGGCCCCUCCACCUCCAACGACAACCACAAUCCCAAGCGCAGCUCCACCACCCGCCCCACCAUCACCAUCCGAGCCUGAAUCCGCGCCUCUAUCGCAAGACUCCAUACCUGCACAGCAAGAGCCAACUCCACCUCCCACACCACAGCUUCGCCCUACUCCGACGACCUCAGCCCGCCUCGCCAAACUCCGCAACCUCGCCAUCUCCUCCACCCUCACAACCGCCCGCUCCACCGACUCAACCCUCUCCCACCUCGCCCGCCUCCUCUCCACCCCCGCCGGCACCGACGCCUUCCUCUGCACCCUCGGCUACACCCUCACCCUGCUCCACCCCGCCCUCUCUCACCUCCUCGACCUCCGCCUGCGCGCGCUGGCCACAAAGAUCGCGACCAAAGCCGAUGGCGUCCUCCUCCCGGGUGAGACGUUGAUAACCACCUUCGAAGCCCCUACCUCUACGAAACUCCUCGCGAGCGGCGCGGCGGGGUCGAAGGCGCUUGCGGGCGUGAUUAGCGAUUAUCGGAUCUUCGUGCGGUUGUGGGGACUGCUGGGGAUAUACUCGUGGGGGAAGGGGGUGUGGAAUGCUGGAUUGCCCGAGGGAGCGGGCGGGAAAGAGAGGGUGCUGAGGGCGGUGGCGUGGGGGCAGGUUGUGAGUUGUGCGGCGUAUCAGGUGCUGGAGAAUGGGGCGUAUCUGGCAAGUAAGGGGGUGCUUGUGACGCAGGGGUGGUUAGGGGAAGCAGGGAAGAGGAGGGAGGCGAGGUGGUGGGUUUGGAGUAGUAGGUUUUGGGCGGCGCAUGUGGCGUUGGAGGGGGUGAGGUUGGCUGUGCUUUAUAGAAAGCAGAAAGGGGAGAAAGAGGAGGUGGAGACAGGCAGUAAGGAGGAUAGGGCGUGGUGGAGGGAUGCGGUCAGUAAUGCGGCGUAUGCGCCGUUGACGAUACAUUGGAGUACGGAGGCAGGUGUAGUGAGUGAACCGUUGGUCGGGCUGCUAGGGACGGUGGCGGGGGGCGUGGGAUUGCUUGAGAGGUGGAGGGAGACAGCUUGAUAGGAAAUCUGAAGGACAUGAGAGAGCGAGGAGAAUGAUACCUUGGAUGGACGGCAUUAGAUCUGAUAAAUUGGGACAGCUUUCGGUGGCAUGAAGAGCGUAGCGGAGUUUGCUGGAAUAGGUAACAGGAUGUAAGUUCAGUCUUGGC